CACAAUAUGGGCAGUGAGUUGGAAUGGUGCACUCUUUUACUCGAUCGAUACGCGACCGAAUAACACAUCCAGGGGAUAAUGAGUAGCUUGGUGGAAUUUUACACGCAAGAGAAUCCCCUGACAUGAAUACACUUCCCUCCACGCGGUCGGUUAACACAUUCCGGUCGGAAGAAAAUCGGAGCUCCAGCAUCAACAACUUACGCUAUCCCCGUCCAAGUUCUCUAUACCUUCCUAUGAACGAUCGGGAUGACGACGGUCGGGAACACCUUCUACCAAAUGAUCCAUUCUCCAUGGAACGCCGAGCUCAAACCCUUGGUCGACCAACCCAUUAUAACACUUCCGGUAACAGAAAUCUGACCAAUCCGUUAUUUGAGAGUGUGGGUAGCUUAGAUCAACCGUGGUACAAAAGCUAUGCCGCCACGUCCACCUUACCUCAACCGACUAUUAGUCUACCACCUAACCGGCCGCAAGAAAUCAACACAUUCGCCACAGCCAGGGAACUGCAUUCGACCGUGCGUGUACCUGUCCCACGUAGCCCAGCACGCCCCAGCCCCUAUUCAACUAUACGUCGACUCAACGAACCAAGCUUGCACAGUUACCGCACCACGCGUGCCACGAAAGCACCACCUUUGUUUUCGUGCGCUGGAAGCAAAUGCUGUGAACGUGAACCCAGCCCUUACGCAACGCCUGCGGAUUUGGAAUCAUCGGACCACUUUAUUCGCCACAAGAAGAAGGACCCACCGAAGCCAUGGGUUGUUUGUCUCUUGACAGUAAGCACCAUCUUUGACCUUCUGUUGCUGAUUGCAAUGGCAGUCGUCGUGUUUUUUCUCAACUGUUCGACUGAAAGCUGGCUCUACUCUGACAGACGAAUUUAUACCAUUUGCACAAACCUAUGGACAGAUUGGAUCCCUCUGCAUCAUCGAACAUUCCGUUGUCCAGCGUUACCACCAGGUUACGACGACUCUAGUCUUGCGAGUGCGAACCCGUUGCUGAAACAAUAUAUUGAACGCUUUCGUCCAACUGUUUACACUACACCUGCUUAUGGUUCCCGAACGGACAAUUUGGAGCAGCCAAAAAACCCAUUUCUAACGGAAACUAUUGGAGGACUCUUUCCUCGCCCGGACGUAUGGGAUGCAGAUCUUGGUCUGAUGCCGCCACCAAACUUGAAUCCAGCCAGAGAGGAUCCCAUGUACGGCAUGACAACUACACGAUUGUAUGGGCCUACAUACGAACGAGAACAAACAAGCUGGUUGCGCAAUCGUGAACAUUGGCUUAGAAUUAACCCGGCCGCGCCAUACACAUCCAUUCCUACCGAUUCCAUAAUACUGGGUUGUACUAUUAUUCCGCUGAUUAUGAUUGUCUUUAUCGAGAUCACAUCCUCCUGCCUCAGUUGUUGCUGGCUAAGUAGCGGAAAAGUCGGACAUCGAUUCGGACAACUCCGGCGUGUGAUUGGCCGACUAUAUCGAUUUUGUGUGACAUACAUAUUCGGGUUGUUCACAGUCAUUCUAAUAACGUUAAUCCUGAAAGCCGCGAUUGGUCGUCUUCGACCGAAUUUCAUCACUAUCUGUCGACCGGCACCAAACGUGUGCCCAAGAUGGUCUGCUUUGAUACAGGCUGCUGGUUAUGGCUACUACAAUCAAGAAGCGACAAACGACCUAGGAUCGAAUCCACAGCUGCUCUCAUUUCUUGCUCAAGAAUCUGCUCGACAGGGCUAUAUUUUAGUGCCGAAGACCACGACACCGAAUCCCGCCGUUAGAACCAGUAAAUCGGAUUCAGGUUUCCUGUCAGACACCGACUGUACGGAGAAGCGACCACUUCGUAUCAAAUACGCGAGAACAUCGUUUCCUUCACUCGGAGCAUCUGUCACAAUGUACGCAGCAGUAUUUGUUUCUGCGUAUGUCACCCACACCCUGCGCUAUCUACGAAGAACUUGCUUAUGCAUACCAUUGGUCCUGCUCCUCGCAACGUUCUUGGCGAAUAUCUUGCUUGGUCUUGGCCGAGUAGUGCACCGAGAAAACUGGAUAGAUGACGUUCUUGCAGGAUGGGCGCUUGGAAUUAUCGUUGCUGCCUACAUCCUCUACCGAACUCUUCAUGCAACACAAACUUGGAACAGCGUUUCAAAUGCAGAUAUACUGCAUCAGCUGGAUCACAUACAAGACCUUAUUCGGGCAAAUCAGGAGUACAAAAACAAUGAAAUGAAACUGAUGAAAUAUUUAUGAAUAUGCUACAGUUUAUUAAAGACAAUGAAAACCUUUUAGCUCACUGAAAGACGUGUUAGGACACUUUCUGUAUUCGAUACCCCAUUGUACGCAAAUGAAAUUGUUUAUUUUAUAUCUGUACAGUAGUUAUAGAGUUCCUUUGUUCACACGUAUCCACGAACAGGUUAUUCGUUUUAUUGAUAGCCAAUCCAGCUGGCCUGCCGUCAGUUUUAUGAACAACGAAGUACUGAUGAACCGAGCUUUUUUCUUCGACCGUACCCCAAACGUCGUUAACAUCUCUCAAAAAAACCUUUAACGCAACCACUGUGAAAACCUUUUUACCAGUAUGUCGGACGUUU